CCUGCGGAACCCCGGAAUUUCGUUGAAUUUGAAAGAGCGGCAUCACACAUGGAAAUAAGCAUUGCUUAAUGCCUGGCUUAGAGAUGCGUUUUUGCUGCCAGGCUGAUUGAUUACCGCAGCCACGCUCUCCCGUUUAGCUCAGCGACAUGGACCGUGCUAAACUUACGUACCCCACCACCCCACUUCAACGGCAUUCUCAAACUCUCACGCCUACGCGUUGAGUAGACAGCAGACGCCACAUACAGCCACGCUGAAUUACCAUCACAAUGCUCAUUACGGAAACACACAAAGAUGUGCCCACCGAGGCAGGUGGUGACAUGAGAAUCUUCAUCUUCCACCCCACCAUUCCAAACUAUCCCAAGACAAAGUUUCCUGGUGUCGUAGUCUUCUCUGAAAUUUAUCAAGUGACUGGACCGGUUGCUCGCUUUGCACGACAAAUCGCUUCCCAAGGCUACAUUGUCGCAGCGCCAUCUUCCUACCAUGAGUUUACUGGACCUGAACCACUUGCCUACGAUGUCCCUGGUACUGACCAGGGCAAUGAAUGGAAAAUCACAAAGACUGUUCAAGCUUAUGACGAGGAUGCUUCUCUUUCGGUAGACACAUUACUCGCAAUGUCAACAUGCAACGGAAGAAUCGGCGCUACUGGCAUGUGUCUAGGAGGUCACUUAGCAUACCGUUGCGCUCUCGAUCCACGCGUCUCUGCAGCAAUUUGCUACUUUGCAACCGAUAUUCACAGCGGUACGCUGGGAAAAGGCAAAAAAGACGACUCGAUUGCUCGCUGUAAAGACAUCAAAGGCGAGCUUGUUAUGAUAUUCGGCAAGAUGGACACGCACGUACCACCAGAAGGCCGAGACCUGAUCAGAAAGGCGCUGCAUGAGGCAGGCGUUACCUUUUCCUUCUACGAACCAGCCUGGGCGCAACAUGCUUUCAUCCGAGAUGAGCUUAGCAAGGGUCGCUACGAUGCUGCGUUGUCGGGGAUCUGCUUUGAGAUGCUCAAGGAGCUAUUUAAUCGCACAUUACACUCUGAUCUGGGACCGAGGUCUGGGGGUGACGUCGAGAUUGAGGACGUGUGCUAAACAUGAACUUGGAGCUUGUUGCAAGAACCGAUAGCUGGGUUGCAAAUACUGCUCUAUCUACGGUCCAAUAUUCAUACUAUCGAAUGCAAUGCAUGAGUUCCGGCAUUCGGCCGUGAGACUAGACUAGACUACUCUAAUACUUAACCCGAACACUAUAGGCAAAGCAAAACAUAGCAGCCACGUGAAUAGCGUAAUUACAG